AUGGCGUCUCUCAAUAAUCUCAUUGCGACUCCGGAAAUUCUCAACUAUAUCUUCCAAUAUCUUCCGAAACCUGAUAUCUUAAGGUUAGCGCUGACAUGCAAAGCGCUGCUCCCUGCUUCCCUUGAUUCCUUGUGGAAAAACCUAAAACUAUUUCCCGAGGAACAAUAUCCCGGGCCAGAUCGUAAAUCUGAAAAGGAGUUUUGCAAGUUCGUAACGAAAUAUGGAGCCAGUUCUUCUGGAAUCCAGUACACCAAGAAGUUAGACGUUGGUAAUUGUCUCAACUGGGAUUCCCUAGCAUCUCGUGCUUUGCUGAGACUCCUGGAAAGUGGAAGCUUGCAGCCAGGUGUUAUAGAAUUACAUCUCUAUGGGUCGAACGCGGGAAAGCAACUUCAGCACUUCAAAAGAUAUUCCGAAUCUAGGUCGCUGGUAGAUUUCAGUGUUCGCUUACAUGCUACUGUCGCCCUCGCGAAGCUCGCAGAUUUGCAUAAAAUUACCUACCUGGAGCUGCACUACAAUCCACCCAGCUUCGGGGUUGACUUCGACCUCGAGGUUAGAUCCGAGCCCUGCGCGAAGGCUACCAUCUUGGGCUGUGCAGAAGUCUUACGUCAAACACCCAAACUUACGGAAUUCAAAUGGAAUAACGGCUAUAGUAUAGAGGGAGAUAACGUUAUUGAAUUCAACAUGAUAUCUGACGAACUCAAGAUCUUUCAAGAUGUGUUUGAAGGUCUUGAGCGCCUUAGAGUCUUGGUGAUCUCCGGAUGCUUCUUCCAUCCAUCUUUUUGUCUUAUACCGCCACGGAGUCUCAAGAAGCUGGUUGUGACUGGCUUAGUAUCUUCCGCGUGGUGGAGAAAGUUGGCAGUCUGUCCAUUAGUAGGUCUGGAAACUUUGGAGCUAAGCACCUCCGACGCGUCACGACAUCCUCAUUUGGAAGACUUUCCUUACCUUGCCGACGAAUUGCCCAUUAAAAACUUUCGGCUGGAAGACGUAGCCGUUGUCAGUCUGAAAAAGUUUAUUUUCAACGGCCGUGAUAAGACUCUCAAUAUGUACCAGAGUUUCGUUCGAAGAAACCCUAUGAUUGAUCCCUACACGAAGCGGUCGGCACUAAGCGAGCAAGCCGGUAAGAUUCUACAAGAAGGCUUGGAAUUAGUCCUCAGAGAACUACGCAAAUGUAAGAUCGCGGUUAUCAAUACUUACAUCAAAAGGUUUAAAGAAGGCCAUCCACCGCCAGACGAAAAUGGAUUUAUGACGGAGUUUUCAAAACUUGUGCUCACGAACAUUGCGGGCGACUUGCCGGAACAGUUAUAUCGCUUGGAAACCAGUGGGAUGGGUAUUGGAAACCAGUGUCGCGAGCAACUACAAGGAUAUCUAGAAGACUCCAUAAACGAAACUGCCGGGGUUUACGCAGAUUUCGAAGAAGGGAAACUAGAUAUUACUGAAAAGAAGUUUAUGGAAGACUGCAUCAAAAAAUUGAUGCACCGGGUGAAGGAGUCGGAAGAUUAUGUAUUUAAGGCGGAACGCUUUGUAACCGGCCCCAUCGAGGAAUUUGUGGUAAGGAUGAGGAAAUUGCAAAGUGCUGUUAUCAAGGAUGUUUUAGUAGAUAAGUUAGCAGCCGGUCACGAACUUACUAUGGGGAUCGUAUUGGAUAUUUGGACCCAGGCGGUAAUCGAUUUCGAAAAACAUAAGGAAGCCAUAUUUUGUGCAGGAGGCUAUCACAUGUAUUCUCGUUCCAUGUCCAGGACUGGUUUUGAUCCUGUAUAUGUAUCUCUAUAUCCUUCGCGGAACCGGUAG